AUGAGCGCAUCAAAGGCUUCAAACGCAACCGCUGGCGCCAGCUCGGGCAUCAAGCGGCCGAAUUUCCUCGUUAUCCUCGCCGAUGAUCUAGGCUUCAGCGACAUCAGCUGCUUCGGCGGCGAAAUCCGCACCCCGAACCUCGACAAACUCGCCGCCAAUGGCCUGCGCUGGACAAAUUACUACGCUGCGGCCGCCUGCUCGCCUUCCCGCGCCAUGCUGCUGACAGGUACUGAUCACCAUAUCGCCGGUCUGGGGAAUUUGAUCGAGUGGACGAAUCGCAGCGACCAGAACGCCCCUAGCGAGGGCGAGGUCAAGCACUGGUCUACUGCCCCUCAGCGCGGCAUGCCGGGCUACGAAGGCUACUUGAAUGAAAAAGUCGUCACGCUGCCUGAGAUCUUGCGUGAUAAUGGGUACCUGACGCUCAUGGCGGGAAAGUGGCAUUUGGGCUUGACGCCCGAGCGAUUCCCUGCUCAACGCGGGUUUGAGAAGAGUCUGGCGCAUUUGCCGGCUUGCAGUAACCAUUAUGGCUAUGAGCCGCAGCGGAGUGGCGGAGGCCCGGAAGAUGAGAUUCCGGAGUUCAUGACGAUGAGCUUUAUUGCGUUGCAUGCGGAGGAUGGGGAGUAUGUGAAGGGAUUGCCGCCAGGUUGGUAUAGUAGUGAUGGGUAUGGGGAUAAAAUGCUGGGAUAUCUGAAGGAGAGGCACGAGGGCGGAGAUGAGAGGCCGUUCUUUGCAUAUCUGCCUUUCACUGCUCCGCACUGGCCGCUCCAGGCGCCCGAUGAAUUGAUUGCGCAUUACAAGGGGAUGUAUGAUGAUGGGCCGGAUGCUUUGAGGGCGAAAAGGCUGCAGCGGAUGAAAGAGAUGGGGCUGUGCAAGGCUGACAUUGAACCGCAUCCCGUGGUAGCGGAUGAGACGAAGAAGUGGGAGGAGAUGAGUGCGGAGGAGAAGGCAAAGAGCGCCAAAGCUAUGGAGGUAUUUGCCGCGAUGGUGGAAUCGAUUGAUGCGAACGUGGGCAAGGUCGUGGAUUACCUCGAGGCGACGGGCGAGCUGGACAACACACUGGUCUGCUUCAUGAGCGACAACGGGGCCGAAGGGGCUGCGUACGAGGCGUAUCCGAUUGUGCAUGCGACUAGUAUGCUCGGACAUUUAAAGAAAUACUACGACAACUCUCUGGAGAAUCUCGGACGAGGCAACAGCUUCAUAUGGUACGGACCGCGAUGGGCGCAAGCCGCCACGGCCCCAAGCAGGCUGUACAAAGCCUUCACGACCGAAGGCGGCGUCCGAGUACCCAUGCUCGCCAAGUUCCCGAAAAACAUGACCCUCCCCGCGGAAGGCGAAGCCCUCAGCUCCGGCAUCGUGAACAACGCAACGAAGGACAAAGCAAGCAUCACGAACGCCUUUAGCACCAUCAUGGACUGGACGCCUACAAUCCUCGAAAUGGCAGGCAUCCAACACCCCUUCCCCACCUACCAGAACCGAUCUGUAGUAAACGUCCGCGGGAGAAGCAUGCUCCCCUACCUCCGCGGCGCCGCCCCCUCCAUCCACCCCGCAGACCACAUCACAGGCUGGGAAACAUGCGGCCGCGCGGCCGUGCGCUGCGGCGACUACAAGAUCGUCUUCAUCCCCAAACCCAAAGGCCCAGAAAAGUGGCAACUCUACAACCUCGCGCAGGACCCGGGGGAAGUGCACGAUCUCGCCGCCGCCGACCCGCAGCGCCUCGAGCGCAUGAUCAAAAUGUGGGAUCAGUAUGUGCUGGAGACGGGCGUGAUCCCGCUUGCGCCGGCGCUGGGGAACUGGAUGGAGGCGAUGGAGGCGCAGAUGCCGGAGGAUGCGUGGAUGGAGUAUGAGUACUGGAAGGACGGGGCGAGGGAGGCGCCGGAGCAGUUUCGGCGGGAGAUUCCGAGAUUUACACGCGAGGUCAGGGCGUUGUGA